GCGUAACUUCUCACAAGACACAUCGCAAACAGAAGCACCGCCCCCCAGUUCCUUCAGCAUCGACCUAGUCGUGCUGCGCCGCCAUGGCCGGCCGGCCGCCCGGCCUUCUGCCCAGGUCCUCGGCCUGCUGCCUGGCCUUCUGCUCAGCUGGUCAGCUCCUCGGCCGGCCUCCUUGCUUCUAUUCCUCCGUAUAGGAAGUCCAGCAACAAGAUGGCUGAUCGACGUUGCUUGUCUGAGCGACAAUGCCAUCAUCUGCAAUCAAAUGGUGCAAUUGAUCUUGAAGUUGAUGGUGGGACUACAGGUCUUCAUCCAGAAAUAGGAAUCACAAAAGGUAACUCUCGAGCCAAAUGGAGUCACCAAAUGAAGUUGUACCUUAUUAAACUCCUAAAAGAUCACGAUGUGCCUGGUUUUCGGACACAGAAUGCUUGGAGCAAGGAGGCAUGGAAUAAUAUUCUUCAUCAACUCAAUCAAAAGUUUGAUCAGUCAUUUACUCUCAACCAAGUCAAACAGAAGGAGCAAGAUCUGAAGAGAGACUAUCGUACUGUGCAAAAGUUGUUGGAUGUAAGUGGCUUUGGAUGGGAUAAGGACAGAAAAAUGGUAGACGCACCUGAUAGUGUUUGGGCAAGCUUUACUGCUCGUACGAACAGCAAGGAUGCUCUCCAAUGGAAAGAAAGAUCAUUUCCCUUUUAUGAAGAAUUAGCUCCACUCUAUGAAGGUCGUUAUGCUGAAGGGAGAACUCGCCAAGGCAUGGACCAUUAUACUAGCAAGAGGAAGUAUGCACCAGUUCCCUUGUCACAGUUGACACAGAUGGUUGAUCUCGAUCAAUCACCAUCACCUACUAUGCCGGUUACCGGUGAGUCGGACAUGCGGUUUACUUUAGAUGAAGAACUUGAGGAAACCAACUUGGAUUCUCCCCCGCAUCUAUCUACACCUAUUCAGCAUGUGCAAGCCCCUCCAAGAUCCACACAAAUGGAGAAACAUGACACUAGGCGUGGGAAAAAACAGAAGCAUAGUGCUACUGAUGACUUCCAUGAGAAGUAUUUAAAACUGAAGAAGGAAGAAAUUGAUCGAUUUGCUGCCAUUGAGGAGAAGAAGCUAGAGGACCCCUACAACAUCAACAAGUGUAUCACAGCAAUUGAAGGCUUGGAAGGUCUACAACUAGGAGAUAUGCUGAUGGCAUCAGAUAUCUUCAAAUGUAAGGAGAACAGGGAAGUUUUCUUGUCCUACUCUACUAAUGAACUACGGUUGGCUUGGCUUAAAAGAGAGAUUGCACGUGCCCAAACAAAUGAUCAAAAUUAGCCAUUGUGGUGGACUGGUGGUGAUCCACUAUGAUCAGAGGUCAUAUUUUAGGGAAGCUUUUGGUCUGUGGGUCUCAUAUACUUUUGUCUAGUUAAAUUGGUCAUAGAACUGACCAUGAUGGUUUAGUAUAUUUUGGUAGGUAUGUCGAGAGACUUUUGGUUAGGCAUGCAGCAAAACUAGCUUGAUCAUAAGCAUGAAGUCCAAGAAUGGUAUUACAACUCGCAUGUCAUAUUUCAAGUACAUGAAUGGUAGUAGAACUUGGAUAAAAUAUUACAUAUUCUGAGAUCUUCGUGAUACAUAUUUGUGCCCACAUUUGCUGUGCUAUAUAAUCUCGUUUUUGAUUCCCAUGAAUGGUAGUAGAACUUGGAUAAAAUAUUACAUAUUCUGAGAUCUUCGUGAUACAUAUUUGUGCCCACAUUUGCUGUGCUAUAUAAUCUCGUUUUUGAUUCC